AUGCUACUUAAACAAAGAAACCAAAAAAAAAAAUGUAUAUUAAAUUUAAAUAAAGAAGGUUCUCUGAUGUCAGAUGGUAUUCAGCUGACGGAUGAAGCUUAUGGCGAUGAGCAAGACAUGGGGCGAACACGCGUGGCAAGCCCAGAACGUGUUAAGGAUAAUCCAUUGAUUCCAAAUGAUAGAGCAAAUUUCAAUGGAGAACUGCGACACAAGCCUGAGAAGCUUCAAGAAAGGUCUUUGCCAGCUAAAAUAGCAGCACAAAUAUCUCUAUCACAAGGUGAAACUGUGGAUUAUGACCGUACUCCGCCCUUGGGAAGCCCUACCGAGACAGCAAAAGACAAAGAAGUCAGAUAUAACACACGAACGCCAAAUCUGGACAAAAUUGCUAAGUUCUUCAAGAAUCGACCUUCAGCAUCAAAGGAAAACUUGCUAAAAAAAUUCGAAGCUUCUCAUUUGGAGGAUACGCCUGAGUCUCAAAGGAAAUGGAAUCCACCGAGAUAUCCUAUAAACGCUAGAAAAGUAUCAAGCACAGAGCUCAUAUCUAAUGCGGAAGCUAUGAUAGAGCCCCCUUUUUUCGAAGCAAAUGAUAGUGAGGAGAGAUUUUCAGUAACAGGACCUUUUAACGAGGAGCCUAAUAUGAAGCCAUGCAAGGCUGAUGCUUCAAAACAAGAUAAUACGGAAACCAUCGCACAACCAUUAGUCAAGGGAAUUGACUGUACUGUAUUUGAUGGCAAUGAUCACGUAAUUUCAAAUGCGUCUCCGUUGAAUGAACGCUACGAAGUGUCACAGAAAGAAAAGCACCCUGUCAUUCAUCUAGAGCGAGGAUGUGAGCGGCAGGUUUCUGGUGAUUCAAAGUCGGCUGGACCGACUGAAAGGAGGCUUUACCACCAAAGAGAGCUUCUCAAUUAUUCCUCUGAUAGAGAGUUAGUCAGAGAUUCAGGUAGAGAGGAAACAGGAAGGAAAGAAUUAACAGACUCCCAACGUAUCUUUUCACAAACGCAUACUACUGGUGCGCAACCAGAAUAUUUAUCAUACUCUGAAAGACUAUUAGAUGACCCCAAUGAUUCAAAAUGUCAUGAUCAAUCAGUAAACAGUACUCGAGUAGAUGAUACCACUGCUGACCUCAUACCGUCGCCAUGGAUACUCCAUCCUAUUGAAGGUGGAAUUUUCAACAGUAAUAAAUCUACACAAAUAGUGAACACUGGGGGUACACAGCAUAUUUCAAGUCAAUCUGCUGUUUCUCUGGAUACCAGCGGAAUGAACAAAAGGUUCGACCUUGAGCCAUUAAAGUAUGGCGAGGAGACACAAAUUAUAGCAUCAUACAUAUCGCAAGCGAUGCCCUCCCCGAAUGCGAAUGGAAGCACCCAAAGAGAAAACGAGUUGAUGUGCUCUACCCAGAUCAUCAAAUCACAGGAUAAUGCAACUCCACAUGAUUUGAAUACGCCGCCCAAUCUUACGAGAAUAAUAUUUGAACCUAUAAUGGAAGUUCCAGAAACAAGCUCCCCAACAAAAUCAAAAGACGAUAAAAUGAUCAAUUUUUCACCCUCUUCCGCCCCUGAUGCACUCAACAAUGAGUCUUACAAUGUAAAUGAUAAUCUGGACAAUCAAGACAAGGUGCACCUUAAAAUCUUGAGUAAAAUUGAGAAUCUCUCGGACCAAGAGAGAAAUUCGACUACUCCACCGGAUGAUAAAAGAAACUUUGAUGUUGUCAUAAGUGAGACAGAAUAUACCCAAGACUUACCUGAAGUUGAAGAGGUGGAGGGAACUCAAGAAAUUGAAGUAUCCAACUUCGACAGCUGGGACGCCUUGAGCACUACAGGUACCGAGGACGCAUCAACGGAUAGUCUCUUGAAAAGACCUCAUGGUGAAUCUUUACGACCCACUUUCAAUAACGAACACAACAGGUCUCUCUCAAGAAAGAAAGUACGCAAAAUUGCGAAUUCAGGUGGGAAAACAAGCAGACAAUUGAGUGAUCAUUUUUUAAAAGAUUUCUCGUACUCGAACAAUCAAAACGGUUCGGAUAUGGAGGUAUCCAAUCACCGUAGCAUUCAUGAUCAAGAAACAGUUAUGACUUUCCCAAAAGAAGUUUUACGUGAGGAGAAAGACUUCCUUUCAAAGUCUGAUAUCAAAUUCGAAGAUGCUGUCUGGUGUCAGUACAGCUUGGAUUACAACUAUUAUCCCGGUCGAAUAGUAUCGAGCGAUGUGAACUCAGAUAAAAGCUGGGUAUACUUCGAUACGGGUACAUCACUCACAAAAAAUGAUGAUAUAUAUUACCUUGACAUCAGAAUUGGGGACGUGGUCGAUAUAAAAAGUAGAAAGUAUAUUGUUAUUGGUUUAGAAUGCAUCUCUCAUGAACCUGGUACAAUAAGGUGUAUACGUGGGUUUGACACGGUUCAUCUAAAAAAGAAAAAUAACUCUGGGAAACUGGCAAAGAAAAUAAUAGUAAGACGGCUGGCAGAAGUUACUAUUGAUUUGAAGGAGUGGACCAAAAGGCCGAAGGUCAUCUUGCAACAGGGAUCGCAAGCUCGUACAAUGGCUCAUGGAGAUUUGCAACACCCCAUCAGAGGUAGAAAGAACACAUUGAAGCUUUCGCCACGAAAGUUCAAAAGCAAUGUGUGCUCUGAUGACCACCCUAUUUAUAAGGAGGAAUCCGAUGCAGAUGAUACCCAAGAUGUAGAAUUGACUUCUGCGCUUAAACCCAACGGUAAGACGAAAAGCUCCUUAUUCAGUCAGUCUUGCAGAGAUCAAAUUGAAGGGAGAAUAUUUGAAGGUUGCUUAUUUGUUUUCACCGGUUUUAGUGAGGAAAGAGAGGAACUGACCGAGGUGGUGACUUCACUCGGUGGAGAAGUCCUAGAUGGUGGAUUUUCCAGUAUAUUUAAGAUCGGUUCGCCAGUACAGGAUGCUGCGUCUAAGCAACUCAAAUAUGACUUGCAAAUACACCUAGAGAACAGCAUGAAAUAUAGUCAGUAUAAAUUUGCUUGCUUGCUCACCACACAGCAUUCAAGGAGUCUGAAAUAUCUGGAAACGCUAGCACUCCGAUGGCCCACUUUGCAUUGGAAAUUUGUUAGACAUUGUAUCGGAAGAAAUACGCUAGCUUUAGAUGCUAUACACCAAUACUUACUGCCCUCUGGGGAAAGUUAUAGGUUAUCAAUCAGCUCAAGCAGGGGCGGGGGAGUCAUAAAAUCUAGUGAUAUCUUCCAUUUUCAUGAGAAUUUAAUUCUGGGUAAAAGACUAAACGAACAAAUAAGAGGAUUGCAGACAGUCAUGCAAAAAUUUAUUGUUGUGGUCUAUGGACGCUCUGAAUUGGAUAGUUUCGUCAAAUUCGCGUUUUGUUGUCUCGGUGUUUCCACCCUUUAUCAAGUCUCAGAGCAAGGGAAUGCAUUAGAAAUCUCAGAUCAUUUUACUCGAAGAUUUGAUCAUAUAGCAAGAAAGACUAAUGAGAAUUCACAAAUUCUAAUAUAUAUGAAUGACAACGGUGGAAAAUCCAACUCCUUUUUAAAUGAUUUAAGAAGGAAGCUCUCAAUAUCUGUAGGUUAUUUGCGUAACGAUAUAUCAACCAUCCAUGUUGAAACCAAAGAAUGGCUCAUUCAAACCAUUAUCAAUGAGAAUACUGGAUAUUUCAAUUAA